CGACACGCUCGUUCGUCGAACAUCGUCCGACCAUCGCCUAUCACAACCUGCGGAAACAGAGAGUACCACUGUGCCAAUAUCAUCCCCGUUGACGCUGCGUUCUCAUCUGCUCCGUUUGGUCAACGGAUAAUAGGCCGAUUCUUUUUCACACCGACUUUCAUCUGCACAAAAAUCAGCGGCGGACGGAAAAACAGCAAUUUACAGCGAGUGAUUAGAUGCCGUUUGGCAGACGACGGCUCGGCCACCGUCAACCGUCCGAAUGGACGACCCCCAGCAGCCGGACAUCGCACCGGCCAAUUUAAGACACAGGAAGUGCCGGCGAAAAAGGAUAAUAAAUGCGUAAUUACGUCCGAACACGACAAGCCGGUUUCGUUUUUCGGCGUCUGGCACUAA